CUUCCCCUCUCAAUACCCGGGCUUAUCCUGGCCCACCUCGUCGUCGCCCCCUACACGAAAGUCGAGGAGUCGUUCAACAUGCAGGCUGCCCACGACGUGUUGGUCUAUGGCACGCCCACUUCCGACAUUCACCACAAGCUGUCCAGCACAUAUGACCACUUCACCUUUCCGGGCGCCGUCCCCCGGACCUUCAUCGGCCCCGUGAUGCUGGCCGGGUUCGCCCAGCCCGUCGUGGCGCUCGUCGGCUUCCAGCACGCCCAGCUUAUCGUGAGAGCCAUCCUGGGCCUCUUCAACGCCGCCUGUAUCCUCAUGUUUGCUUGGAAUAUUAAGCGUGCAUACGGCGCCGGGACAGCGAGGUGGUACUUGCUCCUCCAAGCAAGCCAGUUCCACGUCGUGUUCUACGCCUCCAGGACGCUGCCGAACAUGUUCGCCUUUGGACUGACAACACUUGCUUUCGCCUUCCUUCUUCCGAACCCCAGCAGCUUCGCUCGCACAGCCGGACGGCAGCGCAUGUCCAUAGCCAUGUUCGUCUUCGCCGCCGCCGUCUUCCGGUCCGAGGUCGCCUUGCUGCUGAUCACCACCGUGUUCUACCUCGUGCUCGUCCCAGAACUCUCGCUCGAGCGUGUCAUCUUCCCUUUCGCCACCUCCUUCCUCACUGCGCUAGCCACAUCCAUCCCAAUCGACAGCUACUUCUGGCAGCGCCCGCUGUGGCCCGAGCUCUGGGGUUUCUAUUACAACGUCGUGCAAGGCGCCGCCUCCAACUGGGGCGUCUCGCCCUGGCACUACUACUUCUCGUCCGCCCUACCUCGCCUGCUGGUCAACCCCCUUACGUACACUGCCCUUAUCCCCUUUUCGCUCUGGCACCCCGCCCUCCGCCGCGCCGCCGCCAAACUUGUGAUCCCCUCGGUGCUCUUCAUAGCCAUUUACUCCUUCCAGCCGCACAAAGAAACCAGGUUCAUUUUCUACGCCGUCCCGCCCUUAACCGCAGCCGCCGCGCUGUCCGCCAACUUCCUCUUUGCCCGGCAGCGCAAAUCCAAGGCUCCGAUCGCCUCAACCCUGCUAACCGCCGCCCUCCUCCUCUCUGUCCUCGCCUCCUUGCUCGCCAGCACCGCCAUGCUCGCCCUCUCAGCACUCAACUACCCCGGCGGCGAGGCCGUGUCCCAUCUGCGCUCUGUCGUGCUCCAGGACCCUACCGCUGCCGCUGCUGCCGCCGACGGCAACCCCUCCUCCGCCAUCAUUCCCGUGCACGCAGACGUACUCACCUGCAUGACAGGCCUCACCCUCUUCAGCACCACAUCCUCCUCCUUCCCACCCUCCACCCUGCUCGACGCAACGUCGACAAGCUCACCACCGCUCAUCGGCCAGCAGCAGCAGCACCAGAACGACGGGCACCGCGGCGGCGGCGGCGGCGUGCGCCUGGCCGUCGACAGAACCGAGGACCCGCGCACCCUCGCCCGCCCCGACUUCUGGCGCCGCUUCGCCUACCUCGUGCUGGAGGACCCGGCCGCCAUCCCCGCCGGCGCCGGCGAGUGGGAGCCCGUCGCCGUCGUGCAGGCCUACGCGGGCAUCGAGGUCCUCCGGCCCAGCAGCAGCAGCAGCAGCAGCAGCGGAGCCGCCGUCGCGCGUCCUCCGGUCGUGGGCAACGGGAGGCUCAUCGCGGCGUGGAAGCGUCGCGUGCGCGCCGUCACGGGCGGGUGGUGGAUCGGCCCGCGUAUGGUGGAUCGCGUGUAUAUCCUGCGCCAGCGGCGGGGGGUUGCGGACGGGAGA